AUGAUUGUCAGGGCGAUGAGCAGCAUGCAGCAGGAUCAUGGUGAGAGGGGAGGGUCAUGUCAGAAUCCAGCGGCCCCUCUCUACAACUCUACAGAGGACCUCUGCUGCAUAACCAACACCUUCCAGUACCUGCAGAACUCAGGUUGGUACUGGGGGUCUAUUUCAGCCAGUGAGGCUCGAGACGCUCUCCUGAAGAUGUCAGCGGGAACCUUCCUGGUACGCGAUAGCAGCCACCCCCACUACAUGCUGACCCUGUCAGUGAAGACGGCCUUUGGCCCCACCAAUGUACGCAUUGAGUACAUCGGGGGUCGGUUCCGGCUGGACUCCAGCUCUCCAGGCCCCCCUCACUUGCUGUCCUUCCCUGAUGUCUGCAGCCUUGUACAGCAUUACGUGGAGGACCCUUCUCAACCUAAAGCCAAACCCAGGUCGCCCCAGCCCGCAGUGAAGGGCAAUGCAGUACUGCUCAAGCUGCUGCGUCCCCUACCCCAGGCCUUCCCCUCCCUCCAGCACCUUACCCGCCUCACCAUCAACCACCACACUGACUGUCCGUACCAGCUGCCCCUGCCAUGCCCACUAGUGCGCUACCUUCAGGACUACCCCUUCCAGGUAUGACGUAUGAUGGUCAUCUGGCAACCAUCCCUGCCCAAGGAAGGGCACACAGCAGCUCUAGCGUCCUCCCAUUGAGGGCCAGAGGUUAUUACCUUUUGCUUAUAGGGUCAGAAAUGGCCUCAGCUCAGCCGGACAGUGGCACCAUGGGAAGCAAAGUGCAGUGUUGUCUGGGAAGAGUAGAACUAUACACAUCUCACUGGCCCUUGGGCUUCUCAUACAGACACACAUGAACCAGACUCCUAAAAUGAAAUUUCUAUAAACAUUUAUACUGUUUACGUUAAUAUUUUGUCAAGGAUUUUAUAAGAAUUACAUUAUAUGGAUUAUUUGUCAAUUAAUGCAAAUAAAUAUAUUUUAUAGUAAAAAUUGUA